UAAACGGUUUUUGAUCAAGCUAGGCUAGACUGACGAUAGAUCAAUAUAUAUCUGAAAGUAUUUGGGGGUUUUCUUCAUCCCAGCGUCUCUUUUGCUCCCGAAGACCCCAUUUGCACAGCAGGUGAAAUCAUGGAUGGUUUGCUUAAGGAAAUAAGAAGCAAGGACCAAGCAGCCGCCUCUGUACUGGAACAGGCGGAUUUACGCAGUGACUCAGAUCUCCAGUCACUGACUUUACAAGACCUGGGUUUGCUGUUCCCUGGAGUUAAAAAUGUCAAACUGAGAAGGGAUAUCUUUGAUAUAAUACACAAGCAGAAAUCAAUUGGUGAGCUCAUAGAAAAAUCCAAGCACUUCAUCCCACAUGACUCUCUCAGGGCUGCCUUAACUGAAAAUGGAGUUUUGGUCGACUACCUGAAAAUGUUGAAGGAAAUGAAGACCCAAAUGAAUAAAGAUUUCCUUGAUCCGCAUAUCAAUCUACUGGAGGACUUCAGGAAAUCUCAACCAUCGCAGGACCAGGACAAAGGUGAAAUCAUGGAUAUUUUGCUUAAGGAAAUAAGACGCAAGGAUGAAGUGGCAGCCAAUAAACUGGAAGAGGAAGGUUUGAGAGCUGACUCAGAUCUCCAGUUACUGACUUUACAAGACCUGGGUUUGCUGUUACCUGGAGUUGAAAAUGUCAAACGGAUAAGGGAAAUCUUUGAUAUAAUACACAAGCAGAAACCAAUUGGUGUGCUCAUAGAAAAAUUCAAGGACUUCAUCCCACAUGAAUAUUUCAGGGCCGCCUUAACCGAAAAUGGAGUUUUGGUCGGCUACCUGAAAAUGUUGAAGGAAAUGAAGACCCAAAUGAAUAAAGUGCAAGAUUUCCUUGAUGCACAUAUCAAUCUACUGGAGGACCUCAGGAAAUCUCAACCAUUGCAGAACCAGGACAAAGGUUCUUCGUCAAGUGGUCCAGUGAAGCGCCACAAUAGCCAAACCAGUGACCCUCCACAAAUGCAACAAGGCCCAGCUUGCACAGCAGAGGAAAACGUUUUGCAUAAAGAAAAAAGACACAAGGAUGAAAAAGCAGCAGGUUCUUCGUCAAGUAGUGAGAAUAGCCAAACUAGUGACCUUCCAGAAAUACAACAAGCCACACUGAAGUACAAGAUGGUGAUAAGUGGAAAAACCUUUAAUGCCCAUCAACAGAUACUGGAAAAAGUAAAGGCUUUAAAUGAGGAUCCAGAUUUGAAUUUGAUCGAACAGGAAGACAGCAAUCAGGAUUGCCAGGCCAUUAUUGUCUUCUGUCCCAUUGUUUCACGUAUGGGGACAGAUAUUGAUGCAGCCAUGACGCAAGUCAAAGGUUCUCAGCCUGUCAUUCUGGUUUUGAUGCAUCACGCACAUGAACCCAAGCAUGUAACUUUAAUGAAAAUACAGAAUAAUGUUUCUAAUGUUGUGUUACCUUUCCAUGUUUUCUACCAUGAGACAGUGCAUGGAUUGUUGCAGUGUCAGCAAAAUAACGAUGCCAUUUCUGAAAUUCGAAAGGCAUUACUGAAGCACGCAGAUAUCCAGACAAUUAAAGAUACAAGUGGAAAGACACAGAAUGUAGCUGCUAAAAGUAGUAAUCGUGGUGGGAGUUUUAUUUUUCGUUUUUGGUAAAUAAUGAUAGUGUAAAUUCAGAUAUUACAAGUCAAAGAAACUGUAUAUAUAUCCCAUGCAUUACUCUUUUGUAAUCUAAUUUUUUUUGCGCUGUAUCACUUCAGUAGUGUAGAUUGCUCUGACCAUUUGAGUAGGAAGCGAAAAUUUUAUGGUUUUGAUCAUGCAAAAUAAUUAUUUUGUACAUUGUGAAACAAAAGGACAGCACAGAAUCGUCUUUGUGACCUUUAUUUCAGUACUUUAAGAUAUUUCAGCUGUAAGGGUAGUUGCAGAGUCAACAGGUGUGAUCAUGAAGUGUCAAAGAAGAGGUCAGAGACACAGUAUAUGGGUGUAGAUAGUCAUAAAACUACUUUCAACUGUACCAACUGCUGUUUAUCUCUAAAAACAAAAGUGACAGCUACAGCUGUAUGUACACAGUGACAUCGUAAGUCCUUUGAUCAUUAAGAUAAAUAAUAAAUAUAUUUAUAUCAAAGUCAAACAUAUUGUGAUUAGUUUCACGGUUGCUAUGUAAAUCUGCAAGUUAUUUUCAUCUUUCAGAAAAAAAAAAUCAAGCCAAUGUUUAAAAUUGUGAAUAAAAAUGUAAAAAAA